AAUGAAAAUAUUUGUUUAUUCAAAAAGUUGCGUUUUUGAGCCGAAUAGACGUUGGAUCUCAGUGGCGAAGUUCCAUGGGAAGAUACGAGUAAGCAGGUCAAGGUCUUCGAUGCACUUACCAGCUUGGCUCUGUCACCGAACCCCCGCCCGCCCUCUUUCCUUCUUUCUUUAAAUCAACCCCCCUCACCCCCUUUCUUCCUCUCCAACUAUCCUGCAUACGUGUCUUUGAUUAUUUGAUCAACCAUGUCUGAUAUUGCGAAAGACGCUUGGAGAAAAUAUCUCAUACAACUUCAAGCACACCCUCUUAGAACCAAGGCAAUUACUGCAGGGGUUCUAGCAGGGUGCAGUGAUGUAAUUGCUCAAAAAAUUUCUGGGGUCAAAAAGCUUCAGUUUAGAAGACUGCUUCUCCUCAUGCUUUAUGGCUUUGCAUAUGUUGGACCAUUUGGCCACUUUCUUCACAAAUUGAUGGAUAUUAUAUUUAAGGGAAAAAAGGGCAACUCAACUGUUGCCAAGAAGGUGUUAUUGGAACAGUUAACUUCUUCUCCAUGGAACAACUUCUUUUUCAUGAUGUACUAUGGUUUGGUAGUUGAAGGAAGACCAUGGGGUCUUGUUAAGAGCAAAGUUCGAAAGGAUUACCCUUCGGUUCAGUUAACAGCAUGGAAGUUUUGGCCUAUUGUUGGAUGGGUGAAUUACCAGUACAUGCCUUUGCAGUUCCGCGUUGUGUUUCACAGCUUUGUUGCCUCAUGCUGGUAGGCUUUCAAAUCCUGCAGUUCUACUUUCUUUCUUCCUCCAGUUAUCCUUCUUUUCAACUGUUCUGAUUAACUGCCUUAUGCACAUGGAUCAGUACAUCAGUUCAUAUAGUUAGCCGUUGAGAUGAUGAUAUUGAUUGUAGAGAUAAUGCUGAAAUUUUUGUCUCAGUCACACAUAAGUGGAAUUCUAAGGUGCUCUUUGGCCAAAAUGUGAUCUGUGCCAUGCAAUUGUGGUUAUAUUGAUUAUUGUUUCUAGAUAUGGUUAUCAGCCGGAUGAAAAUUACUGUAAAGCCAAAUAGGUUGGAGAUGUCAAUAAUAUGCUAUUUCACAAACUUUUAUGCUUGCUAUGGUGGGUGUACCUCAUCUAUUAUUUGUUAUUUUUAAGUGGUGUCGAUUUGUUAUUGUUCAAGUGAGUUAUCAUAUUUUAUAGGACAAGUACCCAAUUUAGUUCAAUGAACUAUAGUGAAUAUUACAUUUUAAUUUUAAAUAUUUUUUUAAAUUUUUUUUGUGAAAUAAAAAGUGUGAAGUAUACAUUGAAAAAUGAAUUCUUUUUACAUGUUCUUUUUAUUACAAAUGAGUUCCCCGAAAUUUUGAGGUUGUUUCAAAAACACACUAACUCCGUUAGUUUUAAAUAGAAAAAACUGAAAAAGCUUAAACUUGUUUGAAUUAGAAAAAAAUGAAAGUAAAUCAAACUUAAAAAAAAAAAAUAAAAAAAUACUUAAUUCUUCUUCUUCUUCUAUCUCCUUCACCAUUUAUCUUCAAUUUGCUUUACUCAAAAGAAAAGGGGCAAAGAUGGAGAAGAUGGAUCCAAGGGUGCCCAUCCUCUGGCUCUUUUACUGUGAUGGUUAAUGGGAAACCCCGUGAUUGGUUUAGAUCCUCUAGAAGGCUUAGACAAGGCGAUCCCUUGUCCCUUUUUCUUUUCACUCUAUUUGUGGAUACUUUAAGCAGCAUGUUGACUAGGGCAUUCGAGAGGGGAGUAGUAAAGGGGUUGAGAGUUGGACUUCAGAAUGUAGGUGUGUCCUGUGGAUGAUACAAUUUUAUUCCUGGAGCAUGAUAAUCAAUCUAUAUUAAACGCUCUAACAAUCAUCCAUGUAUUCGAGUAUGUCUUAGGGUUGGAAAUCGACAUGGGAAAAGUGGUCUAGUUGGGACAAACGUAGAUAAUGACCUUGUUAACUUCUUAGUGGAUUUGAUUGGAUGUGGGAAGCUUUCAUGGCCAUUACAUACUUCGGAGUUCCUUUAAGAGGUAACCCGAGUUGGAAGACUUCUUUGGGGGAGAUAAAGAUGAAGGUUGCUAGGCGUCUUUAGAGUUGGAGGAGGGGUCUUUUCUCUUUAGGGGGAAGGGUAAUCUGGCCUAACACUUGUCUA